AUGUCCAAUACCACGGGGGAUAAUAACCUGCCUAUAAAGCGUUAUAGGCGCGAUGAGAAGUCUUCAGAGUCUGAAGAAGAUGUUGACAAUUAUGAACCUUACAUUCCGGUAAAAGAACGUAAAAAGCAGAAGUUGUUAAAGCUUGGAAGGCUUGGACAAGUUGCUGCGGAGGCUGCAGCAGAGACUAAAAGCUCUAGCGACAAUGAUCCUGAUGAUGACGCAUCUCAAGAGGAGUGGGGUAGACGCUACAAUGUAUCACUUCUCGACCAGCACAGUGAACUUAAAAGGCUAGCCGAAGCUAGGGCAUUAUCAGCAGCUGAAAGGCAGGCAAGAGAAGAGCAGCAUAUUCUUGAGAGUGUUGCGCAGAGCAAAGCUCUCAUGGGUGUAGCUGAGUUAGCUAAAGGCAUACAAUACGAAGAACCUAUUAAAACCUCUUGGAAACCACCUCGCUGCAUUCUUGAGAGACCACCAGAGAAGAAUGACCUUAUCAGACAGCAACUCCGGAUCCUUGUUGAGGGAGAGGAUGUACCGCCACCUAUCAGAACAUUCCAACACAUGAAAUUUCCUAAAGGUAUCCUUCGAGGUCUUGAAGAAAAAGGCAUAAAGAAACCUACACCAAUCCAAGUCCAAGGUAUUCCAGCAGUUCUGAGUGGAAGAGACAUGAUUGGUAUAGCUUUCACUGGUUCCGGGAAGACCCUUGUUUUCAUUCUGCCUAUCAUCAUGAUGUGUCUUGAACAGGAGAUAAAGAUGCCAUUUAUUAGAAAUGAAGGACCCUAUGGGCUGAUCAUCUGUCCAUCCCGGGAGUUGGCUAAGCAGACUCAUGACAUUAUCCUGCAUUUUGUUAAGCACAUCAAGCUCUCCGGGAACCCUGAGAUACGAAGCUGUUUGGCUAUCGGAGGUGUGCCGGUGUCAGAGUGCAUGGAAGUGGUGCAAAGAGGCGUGCACAUUAUGGUGGCAACACCAGGAAGACUGAUGGACAUGCUUGAUAAAAAAAUGGUACGCCUAAACGUGUGCCGCUACCUCUGCAUGGACGAAGCUGACCGGAUGAUCGACAUGGGCUUCGAGGAAGACGUGCGCACCAUCUUCUCUUACUUCGCCGGGCAGCGGCAGACGUUGUUGUUCAGCGCCACCAUGCCUAGGAAAAUACAGAACUUCGCCAGAUCAGCAUUAGUGAAACCCGUUACUGUGAACGUGGGCCGCGCCGGUGCGGCCUCGUUGAACGUUCGCCAAGAGUUGGAGCCCGUGAAGGCUGAAGCGAGGACGGUGCAUCUGUUGCAGUGCCUCCAGAAAACCCCCCCUCCUGUGCUAGUGUUCGCGGAGAGAAAGCAAGAUGUGGACGCUAUACACGAGUAUCUGCUGUUAAAAGGCGUUGAAGCGGUCGCUAUCCAUGGUGGGAAGGACCAAGAAGAGAGAUCCAGAGCAGUAGAAGCGUUCAGAAGAGGGGAGAAGGACGUCUUAGUGGCUACCGACGUGGCGAGUAAAGGUCUGGACUUCGCGAAUAUCCAGCACGUGAUCAACUACGACAUGCCGGAGGACAUCGAGAACUACGUGCACCGCAUCGGGCGCACGGGGCGCGCGGGCGGCGAGGGCGUGGCCAGCACGCUGCUGGGCCGCGCCGCCGACGACAGCGUGCUGCGCGACCUGGCGCACCUGCUGCGAGAGGCCGGACAGAAGGUACCAUCGUUCCUGCUGGAUAUGAUCGGGGAGCCAGAUGUGCCAGUGCCGGAUGGCCAGGGCUGUUCCUACUGUGGUGGUCUCGGUCACAGAAUUACAGAAUGUCCGAAACUCGAGGCGGUACAAAACAAACAGGCGUCCAACAUCGGGAGGAGGGAUUAUCUCGCCAACACAGCCGCGGAUUAUUAG